AACGUUAAAAUCUUCAUAACCUGUUUGCUAUGGUACUCUAUAUCCUCAAUCACUUCCCAAUCAACAAAAUCAAUCCUAAAUAAAUUUCCCUUUCCUUCCUUUCUCUCCAUUUUUCAAUUCCUAACAUCAAUCUUCUUAACCCUACUAAUUGUCUUUAUCAAUAAAAAAUUAAACAACGCCCUACUAUUAGUUCUUCCAAAGGGCUUUCUCCCAAAGGACUUUAAUAUAAACUACCUCAAAAACAGACAACUCAUUUCAAAAAUCUUACCAAUGGGCAUCUCUCAAUUCAUUGGAAAAUUCUUCUCUCAUCUAUCGACAACUCUCAUCUCAAUAGCAAUGGUAUCAAGCAUUAAAACCCUAUCUCCCUUUUUAAUGGUUUUAUCCUAUAGAUUAUAUUAUAAAGUAAAAUUCCCUAUUCAAACUUAUUUAACCCUUUUUCCUCUUGUUUUGGGUGUUAUCAUAAUGGUUUUAUUUGACAACAUCUCCAGCAUCAGUAAAUCUUCUUCCAACAACACCCUCAACCGCUUGCUUUACUCCUUCAUCUCAACACUCAUUUUCGUUGUUCAAAAUAUGUAUGGCAAAAAAGUCGUCACAUACACCUCCUCUAAAAUAAACAAUAAUCCUGCUGAUAUAAAAAUUGACAAGUUGACUGUAUUAUUUUUUUGUUCUCUUUUUGGCUUGAUUUUUUCUUUACCUUUAUUCCUUUUUUCAGAAUUGCCAAUCUUAUUAUCUUCAAGUACUAACUUAGAACUGAAAUCAAAUACCUCUUUCAUUCCUUUUAAACUUUUAGUUCUAAACGGUUGCUCUCAUUUCUUUCAAGCUUUAUUAGCUUUUCAAUUGUUAGGCUCAAUAUCAACUGUUAGCUAUUCAAUUGCUAGUAUGCUAAAAAGAAUUGUGAUUAUAACAGUUAGUAUACUUAUAAGUGGGAAACUGAUAUCAAAUUCCCAAAUUUUAGGUAUAAUAUUAAUCGGUAUCGGUCUUUACUCCUAUGAUCGUUGGGGU